UGUGUGCCAGGCCACUCCUCUCUCACUUUCUCCGGUAACAGUUACAUUAAGUACCGCCUGUCGGAUCGACCGCAGACAGAACUGAAGCUCAGUCUGAGGAUCCGAACUCUGCAGAGUCAAGGAACCAUCAUGUACACACACACACAACCCUGCAGCAUGUUAAAGUUGGAGGAUGGGAAGCUGUGGUUCCAGCUGACCUGUGGCCUCGGCACUGGCGUCGACACACCUGACAUGUUGGGCAUCUCUGGUCGUCGCAUCAACGACGGCAGCUGGCACACGGUGGCGCUGGAGCUGAACCGCAACUUCAGCAGCUUGGCCCUGGACGACAGCUACGUGGAGCAGCGACGAGGACCGCCCUUCGUCCCCCUGGCACCGGACAAGUCCAUCUACUUUGGAGCACUGGUCCAACAUCCCAACUCUCGCAGCCUGGUGGACCCCCAGUCGGACCCUCGGGUUCUGCAGGGGUUCCAGGGCUGCCUGGACUCGGUGAUGCUCAACAACAAUGAGCUGCCGCUGCAGAACAAGCGCUCGCGCUUUGCUGAGGUGGUGGGUCUCACGGAGCUGAAGCUGGGCUGCGUCCUGUACCCCGACGCCUGUCUGCAGGCACCCUGCCGCAACGGCGCUACCUGCACCACGCUGCCCUCUGGAGGGUUCCUGUGCAGCUGUAACCCCCAGUACACCGGGGGCCGCUGUGAGAUGGAGAUAACGGCGUGCCUUCCAAACCCCUGUCAGAACGGAGGAGUGUGCAAACCUAUCGGCAACGCCUUCCUGUGCAGCUGCAGACGAGGCUUCAAAGGCCUGAUCUGUGAGGAGGAUGUGAACGAAUGCGACCGGAGUAAUCCAGAGGGUGAAUGUGAGAACGGCGGCGUGUGCGUCAACACUCAUGGGUCAUUCUACUGUAACUGCACGGCGGGCUUCGUGGGCCAGCGCUGCGCCCUGCGGCCUGUGGUGGUCCCCGACAUGCAGGCGGGUCACGCCGUGGUGGGAAAGGAGGAGCUGAUCGGCAUCACCGUGGUCCUCUUCGUCAUCGUCACCCUCAUCGUCCUCUUCAUCGCUUUCCGUAAGAAGGUGUUCCAGAAGAACUAUUCCAGGAACAACCUGUCGCUGGUCCAGGAUCCGGCCACAGCUGCGCUCCUGAACAAGGCCAAUGGGGUCCAGUUUAAGACCCUGCACUGCGCUCCGGGAGACCCUCUGAACCUGUACUCAGAGCCGGGGCUGGGGCCCACCGUGGUGGGAGGGGGUGGGAUGAUGGGACCUCCGCAGGUGCCUGUGAGGCCCAUGGCCUACACGCCCUGUUUCCAAGGAGACCCUCGGUCCACCUUGGAGAAGAUGGUGGACGGACGCAGCGUGGAGCACACGGAGAUGAGCACCUUUCACCCAGAGUCUCCCAGAAUCCUGUCCGGGACCACCAGGAGGGGUGUGGUGGUGUGCAGUGUGGCCCCGAAUCUGCCUCCUGUGUCGCCCUGCCGCUCCGACUGCGACUCCAUACGCAAGAGCCCAUGGGACAGUGACGAGGGCAAAAUGGUGGACAUGGUAGAGGAAGUCACCUGUUUCUCAGGAAGUAACAAAGGCAGUAAUUCUGAAGUCCAGUCCCUGAGCUCCUUUCAGUCAGAUUCCUGUGAUGACAAUGCCUCCAUAGUGACCGUCAUUCGACUGGUCAAUGAUGCAGUCGACACAAUCGAAAGUGAAGUGUCAGUCAUGGACCACGGUCAAAGUUACAACAGAGCCUAUCACUGGGACACGUCGGACUGGAUGCCGAGCACCAGGCUAUCGGAUAUCGAGGAGGCGCCGGGCUAUGAAGCAGGUCCUGGAGGUGACGCUGCCGGUUCGGCCCCUCGUAUCGGAGGAAGCACCCGCGAACUGGAAUCGGACUACUACCUGGGGGGCUACGACAUUGACAGUGACUACCCCCCUCCUCAGGAAGAUGAGUUCUUGAGCCAAGACCAGCUGCCCCCUCCGCUGCCCACCGGAGAGGACUACCCCGAGCCCUACACACCGUCGCCUGCCGACCUGCCGGUGUCUAAGGAGAGCACCCUGAGCUCCGGCAGUGCCGGGCGGCAGCACACCAGGCCGCACUUCCACCCCAGCCAGUACCUGCCCCCCCACCAGCCACCCCUGGGGGAGGCAGCCCAUGGGGACCUCAGCGCCCUGGCUGGUGGGGCGACUCCAGGAAAUGGGAACAAUGAUGAUGCCGUGUCAUUGAAUAUGCAACUUUCCGCCGGUGCAUCGUCGGCCUCAGAUACAUCGGCCCCCUGCGGCUUUGACGACUCUGAACCGGGAUCGGACUUUGACAGUAUGGACGAACUGCGACGGGGGGUGACCAUCAUCACCGACUCACAACAACAGACUGAGGUGUGAGUGGACGAGUGGAUGAGGUGACGAGGGAACGGUGACGGUGUCAGAAGGAGCAGAUGGAUGGGAAGGCACAACGGACAUGUUCACAGGAUAAAGCUCGAGUUCCAACCAUAGAUUACAACAAAUGAAGAACAAUAAAUUCAUGCUCACUUGAACCGGAGACGCCGCCAUCACCUGAAUUCUUCGGGGCCACUGUUGAAUUCUGCAAACCACAGAUACAGAGGAUUUCAGUGUUUCUGAACC